AACGUGGCGUUGAAAGGAGUGGCCACCCAGUCGUCACUGUAUGGGGAUGGCCAGGCUAACAAUGCCAUUGAUGGCAACAGAGAAUCAGACUAUCACAAAGGCUCCUGCAGCUGCACUUUGUUUAACACCAACCCCUGGUGGAGAGUGGACCUGCUGGAUCUGUUCAGAGUGACAGCUGUCAGCAUCACCAACAGAGGAGAUGCUGUUCCUGAGAGACUUGAUGGUGCUGAGAUCCGUAUUGGUAAGUCACUGGAGAACAACAGCAUCAACAACCCCAGAUGUGUUGUCAUCUCCCACAUCCCAGCGGGAGAGGUCCACUCCUUCCAGUGUAAUGAGAUGGAGGGUCGUUACGUCGUUGUUGUCAUCCCCGGCAGGUCGGAAUAUCUCACUCUGAGGUGGAAGUAUAUGUGGAUGGACUCAGCGGCUUGGAAGCUAAAGCCUGUUGUAAACGUGGUGUUGAAAGGAGUGGCCACCCAGUCAUCACUGUAUGGGGAUGGCCAGGCUAACAAUGCCAUUGAUGGCAACAGAGGCUCAAACUAUCACAAAAUAUCCUGCAUACACACUGAACAGGAGACCAACCCCUGGUGGAGAGUGGACCUGCUGGAUCUGUACAGAGUGACAGCUGUCACCAUCACCAACAGAGGAGACUGCUGUCCUGAGAGACUUGAUGGUGCUGAGAUCCGUAUCGGUAACUCACUGGAGAACAACGGCAUCAACAACCCCAGGUGAUACAUCUGUGGAAUUGUAUGUCCCAUGUUGAAGAAAUUUGGAUACAUUGGUCUUCGUCCAUGCUUCUGUAGAUAUUCUAUGGCUAAACAGUUCAAAAGCGUUUUGUCAAACAUUGGCUUUGCUUUCAACAAUCAAACAGUUAGUGUGUGUGUGUGUGUGUAAGACUGGGUUAGAAGAAGACUUCAGCCAGCAUGUAGUUGCUAUGUGAAACUAUUUCAUUGUGUUCUGUCAACAUGUCCUCUAUUACAGGUAUCAUCAGGGUUUCUACUACGUCACAUGCGAUGUGUUCAGCAAUUACAUCACAGGAUCCAUCUUGAUGUGAAAUAAGUAGGACAAGUGUUGUUGCCAAAGUUAGAAUAAACUCACUGCCACUCAUUUUUUAAAUAUUUUUUUUAUAGCUUUUUCUACCUAGACAAUUUUUUUUUGCUAUUAUUUUAAUUUUUUCGUAUAAGUGUCCUGUAUUCAUGAUGUCCCCAUUGGCCCGAUAUUUCCCCAACAAGUUACACCCACAUCAAACUACACCCCCAUGCCAACUCAAGUUUGGCACCUGUCAUGGCCCCCAGCAUUUCUUGAGGUGCAAGCCAAAAAACAUGGCCAAAUCAGCUGUUGCAGUUCCCCUUUAACCUUUUAUCUAGUUGUUUUCUAGACGUCUCCUGGUUCUGUAUGUUUAUAGUGUUCUAUGUGUGUUUUCUUUCUUUCCCACUUCUCAGCUGUAAUGCUCUCUUUUUGAGUGUGGGUUCCUUAUACUUUAUCUUGCUUUAUCUUGGCCAGGUCACAGUUGUAAAUGAGAACUUGUUCUCAACCCAUAUACCUGGUUAAAUAAAGGUGAAAAAAAUGAAUACACUUUUUACAUGGCUAUUGUUGCAUGUAUUGUACUAUUUACAGUAGAAUUUGUAUUCCUAUAUCAUAGUGUGACAUCUACUGGC